AUGGUGUCUAGACCCCUCAGACGGCUACUUCAUCCCUCUAAACUACGCAACCAGAAUGUAAAAGUACAUCGACAAUUCAUAUCUAGCACAGCUCCAUUAUCCAAAAAACAAAACAGCAUUCCAGCAGCAUAUUACCGCGGGGGGACAUCGCGCGCCAUCUUCUUCCGAAAAGAGGAUCUACCGUCGGAACAACAGCAGUGGGAUGACAUCUUCCGCGGUACCAUCGGGAGUCCCGAUCCAUAUGGACGCCAGCUAGACGGAAUGGGGGGUGGCAUCUCCAGUCUGUCCAAGGUGUGCGUGGUCAGCAAAUCCGACCGGCCGAAUGCUGAUGUUGAGUACACCUUUGUUUCGCUAGGGGUGAAGAACAUGGAUGUCGAUUAUUCCAGCAACUGUGGGAAUAUGAUUAGCGCGGUUGGGCCAUAUGCAGUCGAUACUGGUCUCUUUCCCGUGGCUGACGACGCCAACGUUGUAUCUGUGCGAAUAUUCAAUACCAACACGGGAAAGGUCAUCCGAUCCACGUUCCCUGUAGUGGACGGGGAGGCGGCAGCAGCUGGUGAUUUUGCUAUCGAUGGCGUGGCCGGUACAGGCGCUCGAAUCCGACUCGAUUUUAUUGACCCUGCAGGCUCAAGGACGGGCAAGUUGCUGCCAACUGGGAAGGGUAUCGAUUGCUUUGACGACAUUCCCGCAUCAUGUAUCGACGUGGGCAACCCAUGUGUUUUCGUGCGUGCUUCUGACCUGCGAGUACCAGGAAAUCUGGCACCGGAUGAGAUCGACGCUCAUCCUACUCUAUUCUCACAGUUGGAUUCGAUCCGUCGGCAAGCUGGUGUGAAGAUGGGACUGGCUGAAACACCGACAGAAGUGCCUGGGAGUGUUCCCAAGAUCUGCCUCGUUUCGUCACCGUCAGAUUCUUAUACGUCGGGAAUGAUGCAGACGUCAAAGGAUGUCGAUCUGGUGGUUCGCGCUCUCUCUGUCGGCCAGCCGCAUAAAGCCGUUCCCAUCACCGUCGCUUUGGCUCUUGCGACGGCCGCCAGAGUGUCCGGCACUGUUGUGGCCGACGUGGUAAGCGACAAACCAGUAGAUCCUGCUGGCAUUACCUUAGGCCAUGCCAGUGGCAAUCUGCUAGUCGGCGCGGACUUCGACCCUAGCGGUCGUUUAAGCUGUGCGACGGUCUAUCGAACAGCGCGUCGGAUUAUGGAGGGGCGUGUCUUCUGGAAAGAUGUUUCUGCCUGA